GCGCGGGGACGCGAGAGAGGAAGAAGAAAAAAAACCCUCCACCAUCAUCAACGUGCUGGCGGUGCGGGGUCACGAACUAUGACCUUUAACAGAAGAAACCAAAACAAAUAUUUUAUAAAAUAUCAAAGAGCCUGAAAUCUGUGAGCACCAACCCCCAGAGGUCGACUCAGAGGUCAUAGACUCGGCUUGUGGUGACGUCACUGCGCUCAUGCCAAGGCUGGAUUUGUCCGACAAAAUAUUACCUGAGGUGUCUGAACAUGAAGAAUAUUAAAGUAGACCUCACUAAUGACCUUACAUCAACAUGACGACCAACCUGAAUCUGCUCUCUCAGCAGAAAGUGGACUCUGAGCACGAGGCAGAGGUGUCUUCCUCUCCUUCAGACUCAGUGUUAAGUGAGUCUCCACAGCGCUUUCAGGUCAUCGCCACUGAGCCUGCCACAACACCACAGCGACUACAGAUUGUAACCGACCAGCAGACAGGUCAGAAGAUCCAGAUAGUGACAGCGAUGAAGCCGUCCAGUGCUCCCAAACAGCAGUUCAUACUGACAGACAGCUCAGGGGCAGGCAAGGUUAUCCUGGCCUCAUCGGACAGCCACAACACUAAGCAGCUCAUCUUCACUGCUGCAGACAGCCUGAUGCCAGGAAGGAUACAGAUCGUCACAGAUCCGGUGUCAAUGGAACGGUUGUUAGGGCAUUCAGGGGACCUGAGCCGACCGCAGCCAGUGGAGUACUGUGUGGUGUGUGGAGACAAGGCUUCAGGGCGUCACUACGGAGCAGUCAGUUGUGAGGGAUGUAAAGGCUUCUUCAAGAGGAGCGUGAGGAAGAGCCUGACCUACAGCUGCCGCAGUAAACAGGACUGCGUCAUCAACAAACAUCACCGCAAUCGCUGCCAGUUCUGUCGGUUGAGGAAAUGCCUUGACAUGGGGAUGAAGACUGACUCUGUCCAGAGUGAGAGAAAGCCCAUCGACGUAGUGCCCAGAGAGAAGCAUGCCAACUGUGCUGCCUCCACCCAAAAGAUUUACAUUCGCAAGGACCUAAACAGUCCGCUCAUCGCCACGCCAACCUUUAUUUCCGAUACAGAGACGGAUGGCUCCAGAUCCAGCCUGCUGGAGCAGGGCAUGCUGGUUAAUAUCCAGCAGCCGGUCAUCCAGAGUGAUGGAACUUUGCUGCUGGCCACGGACUCAAAGAUGGAUCCUGGGCAGGGGGACUUGGGGACACUAGCCAAUGUGGUGACAUCACUUGCCAACCUGAGCGACUCACUAAGAGAAAAUCUAAACAAUGGUGAUACCUCAGACAGCCAACAUGAGGAACAAUCUGCCAGCGAGAUAACACGUGCCUUUGACACCCUGGCCAAAGUUUUCAACCCCCAUGAAGUAGGCGUUGGACAGAGUCUGGCAGAUAAGUGUGUCAGUGGAACAACCAUCCAGCUGAUUGGUCGAGACCAGGAGACCCCCAUCAUUGAGGUGGAAGGACCACUGCUCACAGACAGCCAUGUUGGCUUUAAGCUGACCAUGCCCAGCCCCAUGCCCGAGUAUCUGAAUGUACACUACAUCUGUGAGUCAGCAUCCAGACUUCUCUUUCUCUCCAUGCACUGGGCACGCUCCAUCCCUGCUUUCUCAGCUCUUGGUCAGGAGGCGAACACCAGUCUGGUGCGAGCCUGCUGGAACGAGCUGUUUACUCUGGGUCUUGCUCAGUGCGCUUAUGAGAUGAACCUGUCCACCAUCCUCGCUGCCAUCAUCAACCACCUUCAAAGCAGCAUCCAGGAUGGUAUGGACCACAGACCUCGUCAUCAUUUCUCAGUAGGACACACACUCACAUACAAGCUUUCGGGGGAGAGGGUGAAGCAGGUGAUGGAGCAUAUUUGGAAGUUUCAGGAGUUCUGUAACAACAUGACGAAGCUGGAGACGGACAGCUACGAAUAUGCCUACCUGAAAGCUAUAGUGUUGUUCAGCCCUGAUCACCCCGGUGUGGACAGCAGCGGGCAGAUCGAGAAGUUCCAGGAAAAAGCCUUGAUGGAGCUGCAGGACUACGUGCAGAAAACGUACCCAGACGAAACCUACAGGUUGACCCGCAUCCUGACUCGUCUCCCGGCCCUUCGCCUCAUGAACUCGGCCAUCACAGAGGAGCUCUUCUUCACUGGCUUGAUAGGUAAUGUCUCUAUUGACAGCAUCAUUCCCUACAUCCUCAAGAUGGAGACGGCUGAGUAUAACAGCCAGGACUCUGACUCUACAGAAUGACACGCCAUCACUCCAGCACGCAGAACUGUCAAAGUGUAAUAGCCACUUCAGGUACUCUUCUUUGUCUCUCGUGGGGAUUCCCGCUGAACCCCAGUCUAAAAUCCUGCGGCGGCCCCUUGUUUUGUAACGAUGCAUGGUGCAAAAUCAUUCAGGAAUCCUUGUUAGAUUAAGAUAAUCUGGGAUUGGAAAACCAGGAUGACACUUGGAAUGUUUUCUGGAGCUGACGCAGUGUGGUAAUCUUGAAUUUCUGGCUCUAAAAUCAGUCACUCUGAACUGAAUGGAAAAGGAAUCCCUCUGUAGCUGCAACUGUGCUCAUCUCCUUUAAUGUCUGAAUGGCACCUCAAGCUAAUUACAUAUGAACUUUAACUUCUGACCUAAGCCUUUCAUAUUGUUUUAGUCUUAUCCAAGCCUUACAAUGCUCCCAUGAUGAUCACAUACAUCAUUUAGCUUUAGCUUGCAGAAAACAGUGGAGCUGUAUCAACAGAAAUCUUACACAUGUAUGUGGAAUCUCACCUAUUUAAAAGUCUAAAGACUAAAGUAAAUCUGAGUACUUACUUUAAAAGUGUACUUUGAAGCUGUAAAGUAUUUGUUUAUGUUGGUAUUUGGGAACAUUGGUGCAGUAAAAACUGAUAUUUUAAUGACCUAGCUGUAAAUUGAGAAUUCAGGCUUUUACAAAGACUAAGUAUGACUUUUCUGGAAAUGAAACAUGCUUUGUAAUAUAUAUAUCUUUUUUUUCAGUUUUGAAAUUGACACUAUUUCCUCGAAGGUGUGAGACAUUAGUGUACAGUUAUUUACUUUGGAUACAUUUAAAUAAUAGUUGGAAUGAGAACUCCAAUCAGGUAUGAAAACUAACUCAAACCUCAAUUAAUUAAUCCUUAUAAUCUGUAUUCAUAUGGACUGGCUUUCAAAGCAUUUAUUUACCACACAGUGCAUUACAACAUGACCAACGUCUGAUUUCAUUCAGUUUCUCUUUUAACUUAAAUUCACAAAGUCACAUUAGCCAAAUUAGCCAAUUAAACUGACCAUGUGUCUUUUUUUAAUACUAAAUUACUUCUCAGAGAUUUUUAGCUUCGGCAGUGUUUUUAUGUUUAGGUAAAGUAAUUUAUAAAUUAUCAUGAAUAUGUUGCUAAUAUAACCUGUGCAAUCACCUCAUCACUUUUCCCUUUACGACAAUCAAUAAUAUGUUAUGUCAUGGCAAUUCUUCUCAAACUGCAUUUUGUAUGUGUAUUUAUCAUUGGCAGUUAUUUCUUUUAAUGAAUUAUAUUAUCUUAAAUAUUUUUGGGUUCAGAAAUGUUACUUAUGUGUAGCUAUGCUACUGUUUUUGUACAUGUGUUUGCAUUUGUACUCUGCUAAGUGCACAUCAAUCAGCUUUUGUGGCGUUCAUGCUGACUAAAACUUUGUGUUUUGUAUGUUUUCUAAAACUUUUCAUUUGUUGUAAACAAAUGUGCUUGUUGCAUACUAAGUGUACUUAAAGUACUUUUGGGCAGGUUUCCCUCAUUUAAAAAACAAAAAAAACAAGAUGUUCUGGGAAGCCAGUCUCGAGUGCAUUGACGUCUUGAAGACUUUACGGAGACAUGCAUUGGCUCCCCCGCUUGUAUAAUGGUUCAGAAUACGCAUCCACAGCAACAUGAAUGAUGACGGAAAUGAGGAAGAAGUCAACAUGGAUUGUGUCUUGUGAAAUAAAUGUCAAUUGUAAUAUUUGUGGUUUAAAACCCAUACAGACUGUAAAGGCCCUGUUGUGAAAUGACCUUUGUACAUGUAGUUUCAUUAAAAUGAGUGCAUGUUGUUUUUAAACCGAGUUUUAUAAUCUUGUCGCUGUCUGCCCUUAUGAGGAGCAAUGUUAGACAUUUUAUAGUGCAUUGCAGUGCAUGAAGAAGUUGCUAAAGUGCAUUUUAUUAAAUGCUGUAUGAAUAAUGUUUAUUUAAAUGUUGUGGCUUUAAAAUAUUUAACAUGAGCAGCUCCCACAUUACAGGAUAUUAGAUUAGAAUUAUUUUCUUCAGCUUUGUGGAUCGAGUAUCCUAUGGUAAAAUGUUAUACAAUGUAAAUGUACUUUGUUUUUCUGCUCAUGUAAAAUGUAUUUCUUCAAACAUUGAGAUUGAGAAACAAACAUUCAUGUUUUGCUCAAGUUUGUCAAAACCCCACAUUUCUACCUCACACCAAUGAAGAUAUAAAACAUGUAUAAACGACUGAGCUCCUGUAUCAACAUUCCAGUCUCUGAGGCUGGCUUCUCUGAAACCACACACUAUAAAAGAAAUAAACGAUUCAUUAUGAA